AUGGAAGUUGAGCUCAUUGAUCACCCUUUCAACCCGAGCUACAUUGAUGAACUCUAUGACUGUAGCUUUGAAUCUGAUUCCUCCUUCCAAACAUCGGAUUUGUUUACUCCAUGCACCACCAGUGUUGAUCGAAACUUGGACCACGAGUGCCUCGAUAGAUUGCAGCAAAUUGAAGCGCAGCUCAUGGACAUAGACUCGUCUAUCAGUGAAAGUGAUGUAAUCGAUGUCAAUGGUCUUGUUGGUAGUGUCCAUGUUUUGACAGAAGGAAACUCCCUUUUGAAGGAGAUUCAGAUAGAGUGGCUGGAAGAGAGCAGUUUAACUGAACUCUUAUUCGCAGGAGCUGAAGCUGUUGAAGCACAGAAUUGGGUUUUUGCUUCAAACAUAAUCGCAAAGCUCAACAUUCUUCUACUCGGUAGCGAAAAUGGAGACAACUCGUUCCACAAGUUGGCCAUGUUCUUCUCUCAAGGCCUUCAUUACAAGACCAGCAACUCUCCUCAAGUUCCCCACAAGCCAGCUGUUUCUAGAAACACAGACACAAUGUCUUCAUUUCAGAUGCUCCAAGAGCUCUCUCCUUACGUUAAGUUUGCGCAUUUCACAGCAAACCAAGCUAUUCUCGAGUCCACACAAGAGGAUGAAGACAUUCAUGUCAUCGACUUUGAUAUCAUGGAGGGUAGCCAGUGGCCUUCAUUGAUGGUUGACCUUGCAAUGAGGAAAGGUCGCCGCUGCGCUUCUCUCAGGGUAACUGCCGUCACAGUCGACCAACAAAGUGCCGCUCUUGCCCAACAAACCGGAAGAAGGCUUAAAGAGUUCUCGGAGUCUAUCAAUUUGUCAUUUAUUUUUGAUCAGAUGAUGGUGGCCACAGAAGAAGAUUUUCCAAAAAUCGAAGUUAUUGAUGAUGCAGUAAUAGCCAAUUGCAUGAUUCACCAGCUUCACAUGCCGAACAGAAGUAUCUCAUUUGUGAAGACCUUCUUGGGUGGCAUGAGCAAGCUAUCACCUAAGCUCAUUGUCCUAGUACAAGAAGAGUUGUUCAACUUUUACAAAAUGCCUUCAAUGUUCUUUGCAGAGUUCUUCUCCGAGGCUCUCCAUCACUACAAUGCGCUUUGCGACUCGCUUGUGUCUAGUUUUAGCCGCGAGUACAAAAUGGGGCUAAGACAGAUAGAGAAAGAGGUAUUGGGGGUCAAGAUUUUAGAAAGUGUCAGGCAGUUCCCAUGUGAGAAGGAGGAAAGAAUGUUGUGGGAAGAUUGUUUUGCUUCCUUGAAGGGCUUCAAGUCUAUCCCUUUGAGUUCUUCUAAUGUUUCUCAAGCCAAAUACUUGGUGAGUCUGUUCCAUAGGGGAUAUUGGGUGCAGCAUGAGAAGGGCAGGUUAUCUUUGUGUUGGAAAUCAAGACCUCUGACAUCUGCUUCCAUUUGGGUGCCCUUAACAAAAUAA